AUGUAUUCAUCGUCUGAUCCUUUUCCAAAGGGUCUCCAUCACCUCUGGUCUAAACACAACUUGCCAAAUGAUUCGACCCAGAUUGCACCAGCAUUGUCUUCAUUUACUGCUGACUUUCCAGGUCCAAACCUAUCAGAGGUAAAUAAUUCAAACGAUUUAUCAUUAUUAUUGAAGGUCAAACAACAACAACUUGACAAUAUCAGACUUACUGGAUACUCAAUAAUUAGACCGAUUGGUAUUACAAAGACAAUGGCAGAAAUUGAUUAUUUGAAAGAACAAAAUUCAAACAUAGUGAAUGAUGAAUCAUACAAUAACAUACUGGAAGCUGCUGAAAAUUCACGUAUUGAAGAAGCCGAAACUUUACCAUUACAACAAGAUUUGGAUGCCCAAAUUUUAAAUGCUGAUGAAACAUUAAAUUCGGAAGAUUUUGAAGAAGAUGAGAAUUCCAUUUCUGACGAACCUAGUUUUCAAGCAAGACAAAAUUUACACAUUCAAAAUGUUGAUGAAGGAUUUAUGGCAGCUGAUGUAGAGUAUCAAGAUGAUCAUAGUUUAAAUUCCGAAACAAAUACAAAUAUUUUGAUGAAUAGUGGAGCUACAACUGGUUUAAUUACCCAAAGAACAGCCACAACGAAUCCAACAACGGCAACUUCAUUACGAACAGUUGAAGAGCGCUAUGUUGAUGAAAAUGAUUAUUCGGAACAAGAUAUGCUUGUUGAUUAA